UCACAAAAAGCUCAAGGUUCUAAAAGAACUGCUGAUCCUUGAACCGAAAGCUUGGGCAUUACCUACCUUUGCCACCCUUGUCUUUUAAGCAAAACUCACACCCAGAGGUCCACCAGAACACUACACACACUCUGCCCCCCCUCUCUCAGCCAUUGGGUGCUUAACAAGGAACUUCCCACUCUCUCUCUUUCCACUCUUUCAACACUGCCCUCUUAACUUAGCUGCUGCAUGUCAAGGAACUAACCUUAUCUGCAGCCUGAGUUUCUCUGAAGGAACCAUAUUCAGAUGGGUUCAUUUCAAACACCGAUGGGAAUGCGAAGCUCCAAUCUUCUCGAAACUUCAUGUGGAUACCUGCUUCAAGAACUGCAGAUGAUUUGGAAUGAAGUUGGACAAGAUCACUUUGAAAGGGAGAAAGUCCUGCACCAGGAGUUGGCAGAAGCUGAGGCUGAAUUUACCCAUCUUCUUUUGUCCCUUGGUGAACGAUCUCUCCCUGGACGGCCAGAAAAAAUGGCGGGAACACUGAAAGAGCAGUUAGAUUCAAUCACGCCGGCUUUGAGGGAAAUGAGAUUGAGGAAAGAAGAAAGGGUGAAUCAGUUCCGAACUGUACAAGGGCAAAUUCAGAAAAUUUCUGCAGAAAUAGCAGGUCAAUCAGAAUCAGAAUAUGAUGACUUAUCAUCAGAUAUCAUGGUGAAUGAGAAUGAUCUAUCCUUGAAGAAACUAGAAGAGUAUCAGACAGAGCUACAAAGACUCCGCAACGAGAAGAAUGAAAGGCUCAUGAGGGUGGAACAAUAUAUAGAUGCAGUCCACAAACUGUCUUCAAUAUUAGGAACAGACUCCUCCAUGGUCAUCACCAAGGUUCAUCCAAGCUUAAAUGACUUAUGUGGGAUAACCAAAAACAUAAGCAACAGUAUUUUGGCUAAGCUUAACAGCACGGUGGAAUCUCUUGACGAAGAAAAGCAAAAACGACUUGAUAAGCUUCACCAUCUUGGCAAAGCAUUGACAAACUUAUGGAAUCUCAUGGACACACCCUAUAAAGAUCGUCAAUCGUUUUCCCAUGUUACUGGCUUAUUAUCACUCUCAUCAGCAGAAGUAUCAGAUCCAGGAAGCCUAACCCUAAACAUAAUCCAGCAGGCUGAAGCUGAAGUCAGGAGAUUGGAUCACUUAAAAGCAAGCAAGAUGAAAGAACUAUUUUUCAAGAAACAGAAUGAGCUCAAGGAGAUAUGCAAUAAAUCACACAUGGAGAUUCCUUUGCAGUCAGAGAUUGAUAAUCUAAUUAACCUCAUUAACUCUGGGGAGAUUGACCAUGCAGAUCUUCUCAUGAGCAUGGAUCAACAGAUAUCAAGAGCAAAAGAAGAAGCUUCUAGCAGAAUGACUAUCAUGGAAAAGGUGGAAAAGUGGAUGCUAGCACGUGAUGAGGAGCGUUGGUUGGAAGAAUACAGCAGAGAUGAGAACCGGUACUCGGUCAGCAGAGGUGCACACAAGAACCUGAGACGUGCAGAACGCGCCCGAGUAUUAGUCAACAAAAUCCCAGCUUUGGUGGAUUUGCUAAUAGCAAAUACUAAGAGUUGGGAAGACGAAAGAAAGAAAACUUUCUUGUAUGAUGAGGUACCUCUCCUAGCAAUGUUGGAAGAGUAUAAUGUGCUAAGGCAGGAAAAGGAGGAGGAUAAGCAAAGACAAAGGGAAAUGAAGAAGGUACAAAGCCAAGUAGCAGUUGAGCAAGAAAACUUGUUUAUUACCAGGCCAAGCACCAGUGCAAGGCGAACUUCAACCAGAAGUGUGAAUGGAGGUUUUAGCAAUGCCAUACCUCUAAACAGAAGGCUUUCCCUGGGCCUUCAGCAAUUGGGACCAAACAGCAUAAACUCAGGCACUCAAGGCAUAUCCUUUAUAAAGGAAGGUAAGAAGGCACGGGGACAAAAGAUGUUUGCUCGACCUGGCCUUGUUUCUCACCUUAGAGAUGAAACAGCUUCAGUGGUAUCAACAUUUUCCGGCCCACAAUCUCCCUGAAUGUUCUCCGAUUCGUCACCCUUCAUGUGCUGUGGGGAAACAUAGGGCAGAAAGUGUGUGCAGAAAGACAUAAUAGAUCAUGCAGAAGAAUAAGUUCAGCUACCAUAUCAGCUAAAGGGCCUAUGUAUUUAUGAAUUACCCCUGUACCAGCAGAAGUGUCUAGAAUUUUAGGCAAUUGUAAUUGCAAAGGCGAAUAAAUAAGUUCUAGGAUUGUUGUUUGAUAUUAAGCAUGUUAGCUUUUGUCCAAAUCAUGGAUUGGACACUGUAAUAUUGCAAGGAAUGUUAUAAGUGAUAUACAGACUGAUCAGACGUCCAAAA